CUACUUGAAACCUCACUGCCCACCAGAAAGGACUGCUCUUUGGGUAAGCUGGACUUCUUCCACUGGAUAGAAAAUUGAAGGCUGGGAGACUCAGCCUGCAUCAUGUGGAACAUCUCUGAUGCCAGCUUCUCCUGCUACCAUGAGUCUGUGCUGGGCUAUUGUUAUGUUGCAGUUAGCUGGGGGGUGGUGGUGGCUGUGACAGGCACCGUGGGCAAUGUGCUUACCCUGCUGGCCUUGGCCAUCCAGCCCAAGCUCCGUACCCACUUCAACCUGCUCAUCGCCAACCUCACACUGGCCGAUCUGCUCUACUGCACCCUUCUCCAGCCCUUCUCUGUGGACACCUACCUCCACCUGCACUGGCGUAGCGGUGCCACCUUCUGCAGAGUGUUUGGGCUCCUCCUUUUUACUUCUAACUCUGUCUCCAUCCUCACCCUCUGCCUGAUUGCACUGGGACGCUACCUCCUCAUUGCCCACCCUAAACUCUUUCCCCGAGUUUUCAGUAGCAAGGGGAUAGUGCUGGCACUGGUGGGCACCUGGGUUGUAGGUAUGGCCAGCUUUGCCCCUCUCUGGCCUGUCUAUAUCUUGGUUCCUGUAGUCUGCACCUGCAGCUUUGACCGCAUCCGAGGCCGGCCUUACACCACCAUCCUUAUGGGCAUGUACUUUGUGCUUGGGCUCAGCAGUGUUGGCAUCUUCUAUUGUCUCAUCCACCGCCACGUGAAGCGAGCAGCACAGGCGCUGGACCAAUACAAGCUGCAACAGGCAAGUGUCCACCAUGUGGCUGGAAAAGAUGAGGCUAUUCCUGGGCAUUUCCAGGAGCUGGACAAUGGGCUAGCAUCGGGAAAGCCCUGUGAGGGGAUUUCUUCUGAGACAGUCAGUGCUGCCACCACCCAGACCCUCGAAGGGGACUCAUCAGAAGUGGGGGACCAGAGCAACAGUGAGGUAACUAAGCAGAUGGCAGAGAAAAGCCCUCCAGAAGCCAAGUCCCGACCAACUAAAGGAGCCCGAAGAGCUCAGGACUCUCCAUCAGAGUUUGGAAAGGUGACUCGGAUGUGUUUUGCUGUGUUCCUUUGUUUUGCCCUGAGCUACAUCCCAUUCUUGCUGCUCAACAUCCUGGAUGCCAGGGUUCAGGCCCCCCGAGUUGUCCACAUGCUUGCUGCCAACCUCACCUGGCUCAAUGGUUGCAUCAACCCUGUGCUCUAUGCAGCCAUGAACCGCCAGUUCCGCCAAGCAUAUGGCUCCCUCUUAAAACGAGGGCCCCAGAGUUUCCGUAGGCUCCGUUAGAACUGUGUCCCCAGUCACCAGAAUACAGGACUGUCUCCUCCCCAGCCAAAGUAGCCAGCUGAUUUGAGAACAAGUGAAAAAAGAACUGUGGGCAUUUUCACAGACAACUUCUCCCUAUCUUCCCAAACCAAGUUUCUCCUUUCCUUGACCAAUGUUUCAGCCUUAAGCUUCCUAAGCGGCAUUAUUAAAUUGUUAAUAAAUGAAUUUUAUGCUUUUAA